AUGGCGGGCAAGUCGGUUCUUGCCUUCAAAAAGCUCCGAGACAACCGUCACUACGAACGCCUGGCCACAGCCACCGGAGACAUCGGUAACCUCGACAUGCUGAGCCUCGAGUCUGUCUCUCACUGCCUUUUCAAGUUGAGCCGCAGUGACCAUCCUGGAAUUUUCGUUAUGACAAAUAUCCGUACAGGCGCUCCCCGCAAUUUGGCAAGCAUCAUGAAACCUGCGCAGGCUGUUCGUAAAGCUAUUGAGAAACUGUACCCAAAGGAGUAUGCGGAUAGCUCGUGGGACAACACGGGGCUUCUUGUCGACUGCUCGGAGCUUGCCGAGCAGCGGGCUCCGUCUGUCUUGUUGACGGUUGAUCUGACUUCCUCGGUUGCCCAUGAGGCGAUCGCCAACGGGAACAACGUCAUUGUGGCCUACCACCCGUUCAUUUUCCGAGGCAUCAAGUCUAUCACUCCCCAGGAUCCGCAGCAGAGGUCUUUGCUCAAACUAGUGUCGAAUCACAUCUCAGUCUACAGUCCUCAUACUGCGGUAGACGCCGCACGUGGGGGUGUGAACGACUGGCUAGCAAUGGGCAUUACAGACAACGGUGCCAACAUUGGCGAGUUUAAACCCAUUUCUGUCAAGGGAUCAGAGCCAGAGGGAGUCGGAAUGGGCCGCAAGGUCUUGCUCAAAGAGCCUCUGACGCUUUCGGAUCUCGUCGGGAAAGUAAAGGCUUUACUUGAUCUUGAUACGAUCCAGGUUGUCCGCCCAGAUGCUGAUGUGCUGAUUAAAUCAAUUGCGUUGUGCGCAGGCUCUGGUGGGUCAGUGUUUCAGGGUGUCGAUGCCGACGUCUAUUUCACUGGCGAACUAGGCCACCACGAAAUGCUCCACAUACGUGAGUCGGGAAAGUGUGCUCUUGUAUGCGGCCACUCAAACACGGAACGGGGGUAUCUGGCGGUCAUGAAGGAGCUACUCGAGAAAGAGCUUGGACCGGAAGCGGAGAUCACGAUUGCCAAAACAGAUGUUGAUCCUAUUUGUUAUGUUUAA